CUUUCCAUUGUGUGUGUGUAUAUCCGCGGACAGAAAGCUUUUGAGGUAUUGCUGCUUUCUAGGGAGAGAUGGAGCCGGACCCCCUGGAAGGAGACGGGAGCAGCAGCGGCCAUGAGGGGGCUUCCAGCUCUUCAGCAUCGACCGCAGGACUCACUCCUUCUCAGCGUCGGGCCGAGAUUCGCCGGAGGAAGCUGCUGAUGAACUCGGAAGAGCGGAUCAAUCGGAUAAUGGGUUUCCAUCGGCCAAAGGCGGAUGAUGACAGCCAUUCAGAAUCAAAGCUUCAGCUGGAGCAAGAUAAACCAAGCCCCCUUUCUACUCCUGUUUCCAAGCGGGUUGUGCUUGGUGAUACUGUCUGCAGUUUGGCAGGGACAGCCGAUCAUGCAAGUAGUGUGGUAGAGCACAAGGGAGAGAAAAAGGACUUGUUUAGCAAAACCCCUGAGGUUGGGAUUGACAGCACCAGUGAACUCCGGCAGCGCAGUAGAGGGGAUCUGAUGGAAGUUCCACAGCGAGCAUCUCGCCAUGGGCUAGACCAGUAUUUAUCAAGAUUUGAUGAAGCGAUGAAGCUAAGAAACCAGCUGAUGAGUGAGAAGCCAAACCAGGAAAAUGGAAAUGCUGUGGAGGAAUUUGAUUCCUUCCGUAUUUUUAGAUUAGUUGGGUGUGCACUACUUGCCAUCGGAGUUAGAGCUUUUGUGUGCAAAUACUUGUCUAUAUUUGCUCCAUUUCUUACCUUACAGCUUGCAUACAUGGGGUUGUCCAAGUAUUUUCCAAAGAGUGAAAAGAAGACAAAGACUACAGUACUAACUGCGGCUCUUUUACUGUCUGGGAUCCCUGCAGAAGUGAUUAGUCGUUCCAUGGACACUUAUAGCAAAAUGGGGGAUGUGUUUACAGACCUUUGUGUUUAUUUCUUUACCUUCAUCUUCUGCCAUGAACUGCUUGUGUUUUUUGGGUCAGAAGUGCCAUGAUAGCUGUGGAACUCAGUAUGACAGCUUCAGGACUGUGUCAGUCUUGAUUUCAUAUACGCCUCUGGAUAUAUAAACAGGGUUAAACCGUUAUCCAAUUCUUACUUGUUUCAGUGCAGCUUAAAAUACAUUUCUGAAGGGAAAGGCAUGGUCCCAACUUUGAAGAUGAAGUGGUACAGUUUGAGUACAGAACAUGAUGGUCUCAAAUAUGGAAGAUAGAAUACUGAUAUCAUUCCAAAGUCAUGGCCGUUAUGUUAGAAUAUGACCUUCCCCCUUCCAUACAUCACCUUAAACUCUAAUCUUUCCCCGUGGGAGAACACAGCACAGUUGAGAUCUUGUGCUUGGCAGAAUUGCAUUAUACUUCAUGGCUUGGAUCCAGAGUUUUCCUGUGAGCGGAACUUGGCCCACGGGAUGCUACUGCUUGAUGAAAGGAGGGGGGACAAUUUUUGCCAGCUCCUCGUCCUCCUUAGGUUCUCUGAAAGGUUACUCCACAGGAUUGGGGGACCCUCUCAAACAGUGUGGGAGGCGGUAUGGGAAGCUACAGUGGGAAGAGGAAAUGGAUGAAAAUGCCUCCUCCAGCAGGAGUCUCCUGUGGAUUUUGAUCCCUUCCACGAAUGAAAGGAGAUCUUCCACUUACAGAUGGGAUAGUCUGGAUCCAAGCAGAGGAACUUCCUAGGGAUUACUGCUCCAAUGUUUUUUAUUUAUCACUCAAUUUAUACAUUUUACAGUCAGAAUGUUCUGACAAAAAUUCUGUCAGUGCCCUAGACUUCUGUUUCUGCAACAGAAUUAGGCCAGGUAUAGUUCACCUUACUCCUUCCCUAAUAGUGGACAUAUUCUGUUUGUUUUAUUAUUGUUAGGAAGGGUUGAUAUGAAAUGUGAAUGCCAGAGCUAAAAUAUUGAUCUGUGAAAUCCAACCCCAAUGAGUAUUCAUGAACUCUUUCAUCUAAGUUGGAAUCCUAACUACUUGUGUUUACAUGAUCUAAUGUAAUAUGCUGCAUUAAGAGUGAACAUUGCAAAUUAAAAUAAUACUGCUCUCUUGGGUAAUUAGAUUAUUGUACCUAAAAGUGUCACCAGUUUUAUUCAUCCCUCUAUGGCUUUUCAAGUGCUUUAUUGUUUUGAUCUUUGUAGUAUAAACCAAGGCAGGCCUCUGCAUCAUAUUUCUGGUAUUUUCCUGCCCAAGAAUAUGUACCGUUCAGCCUCUUUUGCCUGGACAUUUGAGGGAUCAUUACAUUUAUCAGUAAUAGGGGAGCACUGUGGCUUGGCAGGCUACAAACUAGUCUUUACCCCCAAUUUUAAUCUGCUGCUUAGUGUGCAUGCUGGUUUAGAAAAUGGAUGACUAAGAACAUGUUCAGUUCACUUGGAAAUGCUGACUUUAAAAGAUGUUGUAUAAAUGAGUUCUGAUAACCCAUGUGAAAUGCAAUUACUUGAACUAUAUUCCAUUGAAAUCAGUAGGACAAUUGCAACUUGAUGUUUAUGUUCAUUACUGAAGGCUUCUGUCUGCUGGUCCGUACCAUAACCAAGUCUUUGCUUGGCUUUAAUUAAUGGAUCCUUCAUUUAUUUUGUUAAGCGAGAUGUCCCCCACACAUUUGCCUUUCUUUCCAUGUUCCUUCAGUAAAUCACAAUUGUUGUACAUCAUAAAAGAUGACCGAUUUUAUCACUUGAUCUGGAUUUGAAUAACAUAUGACUAGUAUAAGGGCUGGUGCAGAUGUAACAUGGAACCAUGACGGAGGUAGUAUAUACCCACAGUUCUCAUUUUCUCUUUGUGAGAAUUCCUUUCUAUCUUCAUCUGUUCUGUUUUGGUGAAGUGUGUGGCUGCUGCCAUCAUUAAUUACAAGUGUGCCUAAAUUGCCUGUACAGAACCUGUGGCCGAUUCACAAUCCUUACAUGUGGUUCUAAGUUACAUUAGCACCAGCCUUUAGGAGUCAGUGAGAAAUUCUCAAGGAUGAGUGGAUUUUACCUUGGCUCUUAAAACACGUAGGAGUCUAAUGUCCAAGUGGCCUAUCCAAACAAUAUGGAACCUUGGCUGCCACCAUCAAGCUAUAAUCUCUGAAAAUUCCUGCUGCAUCUGAAUCUUACCUAGUUUUUGUUAAAGCUCUGUGAUUACACAGGCUAAGUAGUUUCUCUUUUAGAGAUGGUUGUGGGUUUUGGUGGGAAGCAAAAUUGACUGUUUCUUAAUAGCAAUUAAGACUUUUCUUCCUUACUAUGUUUCUUUUUAACCUUUCUCCAUUAUAAUUUUAAUACUGUAUUCAUUGAAUAUAAUUUUGCUGUUGUAAUUACAUCUGUUAGAUGAAGAAAAGUGUCUUAGAGUGGGAUCCCUAAAAUGGGCAUGGAUGUACAGGAGAGAAGGGUGUACAGAGAUGACAUUUUACUUGAUUUUUUGCCACAGCAAUUUCCAAGUUCCUUCAGUAAAUCACAAUUGUACAUCAUAAAAGGCAAGAUUCUGUUUAAAAAGCCACUUCACUGAUAUGGCAAAAACAGCAAGCAAAAGCUCUAUUUGUAUUUAUAUUCGUUCUGUGCACGUUUCCCUCUUUAGAUUCUGGCCUUGAUGUGUGUUCCAUUGUGUUCGGUCAGUUUACACUCCCCUAAAAUCUCAAUAUCUAAUCAUAUAUGUUCCGUUAUCUAAAGUAAAGUAGCCCCUAUCAGGUAUGACUAUAUCUCUGAUAUAUUGAAAGGUCGUAUUUGAAACUAAUGGAUGAACAUCAAAAGAUUCAGCAUUUGCUUUGCAAGUGACGGAUGAAAUUCAGCUAGCAUUUAGAAUUCUCUGUGCUGUGAGUGGUUAUUGGAGAUUCAUCACAGAAACUUCCAAAAUGCCCUGAGCAGUUCAUCAUUCCAAACGAAUAGUUUCAGCUUCCACGGUUAAAGCCGUUCUUAUUAGUCAUCAAAAUCAUGAGCUUUCAUCCAGUACGUCUGAAUUCCUGCAAUUCAAAUUUGCUCCACUGGAGUUUUAAAUAGUGGCAAAACAGUAUGCAUCUCAGCUCUAACUGGAUUUUUUAAAUUCAAAAGGCACACUUGUAGAACAUAGAACUUUUCUAUAUAGCCUUCUUGUCCGCUGUGAAAAGUGAUGUACAGGGUGGAAUAACAGGUGAAUAGUCAGAAGGUGUUCUGUAUGUUUCCUUUUGCAAAUACUGGAGCUCUUCUAUUCAAUAAACCCCAUGUGGUCAUGUAUGCCCAUCAUUGUAAUUAUUUCUACCCUGGUCCUAUUAAAUUUAUUAAAGUUACGUUUGUUGCCAUUUUUUUAUAUACUUUGGCACUACUUGACUAUUCAAUUAAAAGAAAAAAAACACUG